AUGGGGGACUCUGCCUUUAUAGGAGAUAUCGCCUUGGAUGAAGAGGACCUGAGAUUUUUCCAGGUGGACAGGGUUGUGGACCUCACACGGCACACAGUUGUAAGAACUGCUACCAAUACUUCAGGGAAAGGUGCAAACCGCACCAACAUCAGACCUGGAAGGCUGCAGAGGAGACGAUGGAAACAGGGCUGGGCACGGCCACGGAGUCGGCGGGCUGCCACUUCCCGCCCGGAGAGGGUGUGGCCGGACGGAGUAAUUCCGUAUGUGAUCAGUGGAAAUUUCAGCGGCAUUCAGCGAGCUAUUUUUCGACAGGCCAUGCGCCAUUGGGAGAAGUAUACUUGUGUGACCUUCUUGGAACGAAGCGAUGAGGAUAGCUACAUUGUGUUUACAUACAGGCCAUGCGGGUGCUGUUCCUACGUGGGACGCAGAGGGGGAGGACCCCAGGCUAUAUCUAUUGGGAAAAACUGUGACAAAUUUGGCAUUGUGGUGCAUGAGCUUGGCCACGUCAUAGGUUUUUGGCAUGAACACACACGUCCAGACCGGGAUGCCCACGUGUCCAUUUUUCGUGAAAAUAUCCAGCCAGGGCAGGAGUACAACUUCCUGAAGAUGGAACCGGAAGAGGUGGAGUCCUUAGGCGAAACAUACGAUUUCGACAGCAUCAUGCACUACGCCAGGAACACCUUUUCCAAGGGCAUCUUCCUGGAUACCAUCCUUCCCAAAUAUAAUGUAAAUGGGAUGCAGCCUUCCAUUGGACAGAGAACCCGGCUGAGCAAAGGAGAUAUUGCUCAGGCACGCAAGCUCUACAAGUGCCCUGCUUGUGGAGAAACCCUGCAGGACAGUCAAGGGAAUUUCUCCUCGCCUGACUUUCCCAAUGGAUAUACCGCACACAAGCAUUGCAUCUGGAGAAUAUCAGUCACUCCAGGGGAAAAGAUCAUUCUGAAUUUUACAUCCCUGGAUCUAUACCGCAGCCGGCUAUGUUGGUAUGACUAUGUGGAGGUGAGAGACGGAUUCUGGAGGAAAGCUCCCCUGCGAGGUAGAUUCUGUGGAAAUAAACUCCCGGACUCGAUUCUGUCCACCGACAGCCGCCUCUGGAUUGAAUUCCGUAGCAGCAGCAACUGGGUUGGCAAAGGCUUCUUGGCAGUCUACGAAGCCAUCUGUGGAGGAGACAUGAAGAAAGACAACGGGCACAUCCAGUCUCCCAACUACCCCGAUGACUAUCGGCCCAAUAAAUUGUGCACUUGGAAGAUUACUGUUUCGGAAGGAUACCACGUCGGGCUCACUUUCCUGUCCUUUGAGAUCGAGCGCCAUGACAGUUGUGCUUAUGACUAUCUGGAGAUUCGGGAUGGCAGUACAGAGUCAGACCCUGUGAUUGGAAGGUAUUGUGGUUAUGACAGGCCCGACGAUAUUAAGAGCACCUCCAACAAGUUAUGGAUGAGGUUUGUGUCCGAUGGGUCCAUCAACAAGGCUGGCUUUGCAGUCAACUACUUCAAAGAAGUGGAUGAGUGCUCUAGACCCAACAACGGAGGCUGUGAGCAGCGUUGUGUGAAUACUCUGGGUAGCUACAAAUGUGCCUGCGAGCCUGGCUACGAGUUGGCUCCCGACAAACGCAAGUGUGAAGCUGCCUGUGGCGGGUUCCUCACCAAACUGAAUGGCUCCAUCACGAGUCCUGGAUGGCCCAAGGAAUAUCCACCCAACAAGAACUGUAUCUGGCAGCUGGUGGCACCCACCCAGUAUCGCAUAUCCCUGCUAUUUGACUUCUUCGAGACAGAAGGCAACGAGGUGUGCAAGUAUGACUUUGUGGAAGUGCGCAGCGGCCUCACGUCUGAAGCCAAGCUCCAUGGGAAGUUUUGUGGAGCAGAGAAGCCCGAUGUGAUCACCUCCCAGUACAACAACAUGCGCAUUGAGUUCAAGUCUGACAACACCGUGUCCAAGAAAGGCUUCCGAGCUCACUUCUUCUCAGACAAAGAUGAAUGUUCGAAGGAUAACGGGGGAUGCCAGCAUGAAUGUCUCAACACUUUUGGCAGCUAUGAGUGCCAGUGCCGCAGUGGCUUUGUGCUACAUGACAACAAGCAUGACUGUAAAGAAGCUGGCUGUGAUCACAAGAUGACAUCCAUCACUGGAACCAUCACCAGUCCAAACUGGCCUGAUAAGUACCCAAGCAAGAAAGAAUGUACCUGGGCAAUAACAACUACACCAGGACACCAUAUCAAAUUGACCUUCAGAGAGCUGGAUAUUGAACUCCACCAGGAAUGCACAUAUGAUCACCUAGAGGUUUACAAUGGAAAAGAUGCUAAAGCUCCUGUUCUGGGACGAUUUUGUGGAUCUAAAGAACCGGAUCCUAUCCUCUCUACUAGCAACAGGAUGUUCCUCAGAUUUUUUUCAGACAACUCGAUUCAAAAGAAAGGCUUUGAGGCGGCCUACACGUCAGAGUGUGGGGGCCAGGUGCGAGCUGAAGUGAAAACCAAGGAUCUCUAUUCCCACGCGCAAUUUGGGGACAACAAUUAUCCUGGGGGUUCCGAUUGUGAAUGGGUGAUUGUGGCUGAGGAAGGCUAUGGGGUUGAACUCAUCUUCCAAACGUUUGAGAUUGAGGAAGAGGCUGACUGUGGUUAUGACUACAUGGAGCUGUUUGAUGGCUAUGAUGGGACAGCUCCACGUCUUGGACGUUACUGUGGCUCUGGGCCUCCGGAAGAGGUCUACUCUGCUGGUGACUCCGUGAUGGUAAGAUUUCACUCAGACGACACCAUAAACAAGAAGGGUUUCCAUUUACGAUACACCAGCACCAAAUUCCAGGACACACUGCACACCCGGAAGUGAUCUUCCAGCUACCCAAAUCCCCUUCAAGUGAGAACAACUUUCCCUUACUUGAGGGACAGGUUUCCACUCUUUGCAAAA